ACUGUGCUUCCUCCGUGGUCUUUCUUGUGGCUGGCUGUGCAGUUUGGGUGCUUGUUGAGAGCGGCAUCUGCCUUUGGUUUUGCUGACCUCGGUGUUUCCGAGACCCUCUCUCCUCAUAGGCUCAGUUUCGCCUUGCCAGCUGCUCUGGGCCAGUUUCUGUGGCAGAGGCGGCCACACCUGCUUCCUGAGGGCCCCUGGGCAGAAGCAUGCGGUGGUGUCUCCUCCUGAUCUGGGCCCAGGGGCUGAGGCAGGCUCCCCUCCCGGCCUCAGGAGCCCUGCCAGGCAGACUAGAGACCGCGGGGAACAUUUCUGCAGAGGAAGGCAGCUCCGUCACCUUACAGUGUCUCCUCUCCUCCACCACGGCCGCGGUGACGCAGGUCGACUGGACGCAGCAGGGCCGGUUUCUGGCCAUUCAUCACACUGAGUCCGGCUGGUCCGUCUACCCGGCGUUCAGGGAGCGGGUGGUCCCCCGCCCGGACCUGGGCCUCACCCUGCAGGCGCUGACCGCAAACGACACCGGGGUGUACUCCUGCAUCUAUCACACCUUCCCGGACGGCAUCUACAGAGGGAGACUCUUCCUGGAGGUCCUGCGAAGCUCAGGCGCUGGGCACCGCCCUGAGCUCCUCCUCCCGCUGCUCGGGGUCCUGCUGCUGGUGGUCAUCUGCACCGCGGUCACAGCGGUGGUCAUGUUGGCCAGAAAGAAGAAAUUUCUCAGAAUUCGCUCUGCAGAAAGUGGCCUCCGGAGCGGGCCACAUGGACAGGAGGAAUGGGAGCUCAGGGUUCCUGUCUCCCCUGCCGGCUGCGUCGGGGCAGAAGCUGCAGCUGCCGGCUCAGGCUCAUGCGGAGAGCAGAGGGACGAUGACUAUGACGAGCCACACGACUACUUCAAUGUCCUGAGCUACAGGAGCCUUGGGGACAUUAGCUUCCCAGCAGAGACUGGUUAGCAGCCAGGGGCAGCUGCUGGGAGACACAGCCUGACUAUGCUAUCACAAACGGGUUGUAGGGUCUGCACUCUCCAUCACUGCAGGGUGCGUGUGUGUGUGUGUGUGUGUGUGUGUGUGUGUGUGUGUGCAGUUGAAUGAAUGAUUGCCAUUCUCAUCCCUGUCUGCAUUUCCUCUCCCCGUCCCUUCCACUCCAUUGUGGCAGACCCGGGGGAGCAGCUUGAGUCUUGAUUAUGAAUGCAAUGUUGAAAACAGUGUGACCUGAUUUUGAGCCUGGCAGUUUGAGCCAAUUCUGUGGCUGUGGACAACGUGUUCCUCCUAACAGCCUCGGGGAGGGGCUCAGGUGACAGGUUUUGUGGGGGAUGAUGACGACAGUGUGUUUGCAAAGCCACAUUCUUCUCAUUU